AUGUACGGCGACACGGCCGCGUAUCCGGCACCGGGCUAUGGUCAGGUGGCCGUGGAUGUGGCGCCCCUUGGCACUGGGCCACCACAAGGUCAGCCUCCGGCACCAGAGGCGCAAGUGCCGCCCAGUGUUCUGCCGUUGCGGCUGGCCAUUCAUCGAGUUGAAGGCGCCCUGGGCACAUCCCUGGUCUCCCCCUUGGUGCGGAUUCACCUGGUGGACGCCGCCACGGGGUACCGUUGGGGGAAGCCCGCGGGGCAGCAGUGCGUCUUCAACGAAAAGGAUGGUGCGGCAUAUUUGCGGACGAAGCAAGAGCCUGGAAAGGAGCAAAGGGCCCCUCCCUGGACGGCGGAUAGUGGACAGAGCUCGUUCUUCCGGCCCUUCUGCACCAUGCCCAAGCGCCGUGGCAUCUCCAGAGACCUUCCUCCAUGGGAAGAGGCCUUCCUGUUGCAGCUGCAGCCGGACCAACGCAUGGCGUUCCUCUUCGAAGUGGUCGACUGCAGUAGCGAUGAGAGCGGCUGGCGCCUGACUCCUGUGGCCUGGGGCUUCACCCACUGCGCCGCGCUGAAGCCCAGCCGUCGCAAGCUGCGGGCGCAGCUCUGGAGCUAUCGUAGGCGGCAUUUCUGUGGACGUGUGGCCCUAGAAGCUUGGUUUAUGCAUGUGCUGAGCCGGCGAGCCGGGAGUAUUUGGCCGCUGGCAUUGGAGAAGAACGACCAGGCUGCAGCGGUUCGAACUUCCAUGGGGCAAAUGAGAGGUGCCCUCGCAGCCUGGAUGGCUUGGGCACUGGGUCGCAGCCGACAGAAGUGGCCUGCAGCCUUGGAAUUCAGCUUGGACAUGUCGCAAAAGCCGAUCCAAGUGGAACGUCCCAAUCCGCAGCUGCCAGCGGAAACCAAAGCGUCCACCAUUGAAGUGGUCACCGGAAAGCUCACCCCUGCAGGGGAGCCGAGCCCCAAGGCGGAAACGGUGGCAGAGGAGGAGAUUCUGGGACACCUGGCCCCCCAACACGUGCGACAAAAGGGCCAGGCCUGCAUUUUGCCGGACGAAUUGCUAUGGCAGAUCCCCAGCGGCAAACGCGGGGCCAACCGCAUGGCCAUUUCACCCACGAGCACGCUGUUGGCAGUCGCAACAGUCCGUUCUCCUGGUUCUUCCGAGCUUCGUAUCUUCAGCUUGGGCAGCGGACGCCUUUAUGCCACCUGUGGUGGGCAUGAUGCCCUGAUCCAGGAUUUAUGUUGGCACAGCUUUCAAGCCAGCAGGGAGGGCCUCACGUCGCCACCCCUGCUGAUAAGCGCAGGCGGCGGCCGCGUGCUGCUGCACGAGGUGCCGGAUCUGGACACGCCGCUGGGGCUGGGAGCACCGCAGCUGAAAGUCCAUGCAAGAGUCAAUCUUUUGGGCACGGUGAACUCUGUGAGGCCGCACCCGUCGAUGUCAACGGACCCAAGAUGUGUGAUCCUGCUGUGUGCUGGACACUUCGGGCUAACUUUGUGUCAGGUGUCUCGAGAUUUACAAGCCGCGGCGGGCGCUGGCAGCACCUGGGUGGCGCAAGCGCCACAGAUGCAGCAGGUACCCUUAGAAGGCCAUCACAAGAGUGGCUAUGGACGAGAGGGGCAGACUACAGCAGCUUCAGAAGUGUUGUGCGUUCGAUUCUCCACGCAAGCUAACUCUCUGGAGAAUGUCUAUGUCACAGACUCCACAGGGCACAUCAUGCUGUAUCAGAUCCGCUACGAUGCCAGCGUGGGCGUGACUGCCAGUCGCGUACGGACCUAUGCAGGUUCCGAAAUGCUGGGAACAGCCAUCUAUGACUUGGAGCUGGUCACACAACAACUGCUGGAUGGAAAACGCAUCAGUUCUGUGCAGUUGUCGAUGGCCGAUGACUGGGCCUUGGUCUUCAGUCGUGAUCACGUGAUUCGCUUGGUGUCUUUGCAACGUGGAGUUUUGAAGGUGGAGCAAAAGAUGCUGGGCAUCCAGUGUAGCAGCUAUUCUGUGAGAGGCACGAUGUCUCCAGAUGGUGCCUAUGUGGUCUGCGGCAGCGAAAGCGGUGAGCUGCUCUUUUGGGGUCGCGAUGGCAAGCCUGUGCUGCCGCCGGCUGUACCACAGGUGCGCUUGGCAGGUCCCUUGAUGGAUGUGGUUUGGUCAUCACGACACCACUUGGUGGCCUGCUGUGCGAUGGACGAAAAUGCCCUGCCCUUGCUGGCCUUCGUUGGGGGAGAGGAGAACGGCAAGCCACUGCCUGAGAAGGAGGUCUCCCUGCCGCACAAACCACCACCACUAACCGCCACGAAUCCAGAGAGCACCUUGUUGGCCAUGUCCGGCAUUUCCGCUUCUAUCGACUCAGACGGCCACCGCAGGUGGGCAGAGCAUUGGAUCCACAGUCACGACCACAGUCAGCGCUCGGCCUUAACGGUGGACGAGAAGCGUCGCAUGAAGGACGUGCCGGUGGGACAAUGCCGGUGUUGUAGGGGGUAG